AUCAGCAGCCACCGUCACAAGCGGCUAGCCACAGCAGCGGGCGGCUGAAGGAGCACAAUUUAGUGCGAGCGUUUUUUGCGUGUUUGCUCGGCAUGUUGCUCAGUCAGUGCGGUAUUGGAAUUUGCAUUCGACGUGCCGUGGAGCGGAUGAACGGGUUUGCGGAAUUCAGUAUAAAGUCGAAAACUUCGAAUGCGCCGUGUCGUUGCACCUGUGAGCCGAUGGAGUGUGGCACUGCUGCUUGUGUGUGUGGUGCGAAUUUCACCUGCCGACGCCAUAGUGGAUGCUGAGAGCUGUUGGAAUGACAGUGACGCAUGUCUCAUACAAGCCACGCUACACCGGGUGGACGAGCCACCCCAAUCCACGGGUUUGGCGGUGCAAAUCGAUUGCCAAACAAGAACAGCCGGUGAAAGCAGUCGCGCGCCCGCUUAUCUGUUGCGGCCACUGGAAAGCUUGCUGCUCGAUGGCUGCCACACGCCACUGGACGUCGACACUUACGGCAUGGAAUACCUGCCCUACUGCGGCACUGUGCCCCAAGUCUACAUGGAGCGCUUCCACGCAGACACGCUACAGCCUUUUAGCUGCCCAGCUGCGAACAACAGCGUGUUGGAGGUGGAGAUUCUGCGCUUUCAUAAUAAUGAAUUGGCCACCAUAGGCACAGGCGCGUUCGUGAAUCUACCGCGUUUGCGGGAACUAUACUUCGCACGCAACACGCUGCGCCACAUAGCGCGUUCGGCGUUUGAUACGCUACGCGUCGUGGAACGCAUUUACAUCGCGCACGAACCCUUGUUGGCGCUCAAGGACGGCGAUCUGUUCGAACGCACCGGCGUCGCUGAUUUACAGCUGAUGCAUUUGAAAUACAUCACGUCCGACCUAUUUGGCCAUCUGCCCGAGACGCUGCGUCAAAUAGUCGUCACACGCACCGCCUUCGAUGACGACACCGUGGUGGUGAGUAACCCUCAGCUGCUGCGCAAUAUAUCAAUCAACGACUGCACCUUGAAAUCGUUCACGCUGCUCGAGUCCGCACAAACAACCAGCGUGCGUUACAUCAACUUGAGUGGCAACGCGUUGAACGCAUUUCGUGUGGAUUUUCUCAGCGAUGGCAGCAACGCGUCGAUUGUGGCCGUGGAAACGCUGGAUUUGAGCGAAAAUCAGUUGACGCAAUUGCCGUUGUUAUGGCUGAGUGAACUGAGAAAGCUGCGCCAUUUACUGUUACGCGGAAAUCGGCUGAAAAUGCUCUCAUUGCCGCCGCUGAUGUCCGCCAUACCGGCGCUGACGUCAUUGGAUUUGCGCGACAAUGAGCUGACGUCACUGCACGAUGCAGCCGCCGUGGCCGCCUUGAGUUGGGAGCAAGUGCGCAUACAGAUCGACCGAAAUCCAUGGCAUUGCCUGUGGUUGCUCGACUUUGCGCACACACACCCCGAAAAGUUUCGCGUCUUCCAGUACGCCAAAUACAUUUCGCAAAUUAAUGUGAACGGCUUGCAAUGCGUACCAGUGGAAGUGCCUGCUACAGCGGACAAUGUCACGGAAAGUGUGCCAACUGUGUAUGAAAUAACAACCGCACAAGGCCCGACGAUGGUGCGGGGUAUUCAAAUUCAUGGACGAAAUACGGGUGUGGUGAACGCCUCCACUUACAAAUUAAUCUACGGCGGUCCGUGGGAUACUAAGCGCAGUCAACGCGCCGAGGCGCUGAUAAUUGUGUUUAUGCUACCGGUGGGCGUGGCGCUACUAUUUCUUUUACUCUAUAUGUGGAUCAAUUGUCAGAGGGUGUUCCACUUGUCGUACUAUCGUUCCUUUGGUUGGUCGCAACGUAAUAUCGGCAGGCGUUUUACGAGCGCGGAGCGUUUCGAUGUCGUGCGCCAGCUGCCGCCCACCGCGAAUGCCUUCAAUGACAACACAAACAAUAACGAAGACUACGAGACGCCUUUGAAUGGCAUCGGCUCCGUGUGCAACUGCAACAAUAUUGGCGCGGCCACGUACGCCAAUGAGAAAUGCAGCAAACCGCAUCACAUCACCUAUGAAGAAUUACCAACGGAGCAGCCGUAUAAAAUCUACGAGGAGAUAAUUGGCGAUGACGGCACAGACACCGAGACGUAUGCGCAACCUUUUUACGAUCACCUUUCGUAUACGCAACCGGCCAAGAGCGAUGUCACGGAUUCCACAUGAAACAACAGCUGAUAUACAAACUUGUUUGAUUUUCAUAAAAAGAUACACUUCUGUAUGUAUGAAGCUAAUAUUUGCACUUACACAUGUAUGUAUAUGUAUAUUUAUAUUUAACACCCGUAUAUAAUAGUUUUUAA